AUGACUUUCCUCACUGCAUCGAUACAUUCGAUAUUCCUAGCACUGAGCUUGUUCUGUAGCCUAUCGACACAUGGAACUGCCGCUUGGCAUUAUCAUAGCAAUCAUAGUUGUCAUGGUUGUGCAGAAGCGCGGGAUGAAUUGGCUAAGAUACGCUUAGAAAUAAUUAAACGUGAAAUUUUGGAAAAGCUCGGUUUGGAUGCACCACCACAGGUACGACCGCAGGAUGGUUUCCCAACAAUUCCACAGGUUGCCAAGUAUUUGAAGUACCAAUUACGACAUGACUCAGCAGCAAUUGCCUCUGUGCAUACAUCAUUUCUGGCCGAUGAGUUGACGAUACCUGAGCGUAAAGCGGAGCGAACGAUCGUAUUGGCCGAGCGGACAUCAUCAACACGCUUCAACUUGAACCCGAAUCAAGUUCUUGCAUACUUCAAGUUUUCUGAUGAGCUGAUGUCGAAAUUGCUGUUGUCCGCUGUACUUAACAUAUAUCUCCGGAAACCAACUAAGCUUCAUCCUGACUCGCGUAUUGCUGCAGUUCAAGUAUUGGUCAAAGAGGUCGUCAAAAAUAGCUCGGUAUUACACUUUUUAUCUUUCUCUUUUUGUCUUGUCCCUUUUUUCGCCCCUUUAUCUUUCCCUUGA